CUGCUCAUUAGCGCCACCUGGCGCCGCCAUCUCGGGACACUCUGUUCGGAAAGGGCAUAUAUUCGGCGGACAUGGCGAUGAAGAGCAGCUACUACGCGAGGAACGACCCCGCAGUCACGAAGAAGAAGUUCCUGCUCCUCUGCCAGGUGGCGCUCGGGCAGGUCGACGUGAUCGACCACGAGCCACGUGACAGCCUGCCCGACGGCCCGCGACCCGGCUUCAACAGCCUGCAGGGAGCCGGACAGAACUACCCUGACCCUACCCGCGACGUGACACUACCUACAGGCGCAACGAUGCCGCUGGGACUACCCGUCAAGGCGUCCAAGUACGACUGGGGCCUGCUGCAGUACAACGAGAUGAUUGUGUUCAACGAGGACCAAGUGUGCCAGCGCUACAUCGUCCAGUACUCAGACGCCUAGAGCCGCUAGCACGUGCGAUCGAGCGAGCGAGCGCGACAGAGAGAGAGAGAGAGAGAGAGAGAGAAAGAGAGAUAGAGAGAGAUGGCAAUCAAACGUAGCAGUAGCGCUAGUGUCUGCAAUACUCCCUCCACAUACAUACACACAUACGUACUCACGACCCCCCGGGCCCUGGCUCGCUCAGUGGUUUACGCUCGGCCGAACCCUAACGUGCAUCCACCUAGCUACAGGACGACAGCAGACUAAAGGCGGACACGGCCGAUUCACAGAGCGCCCCCUGGAGGUUGUGAAGCGUACGCGGCCGAUCCACAGAGCGCCCUCUGGAGGUUGUGAAGCGUACGCGGCCGAUCCACAGAGCGCCCUCUGGAGGUUGUGAAACGUACGCGGCCGAUCCACAGAGCGCCCUCUGGAGGUUGUGAAACCUACGUGGCCGAUCCACAGAGCGCCCUCUGGAGGUUGUGAAGCGUACGCGGCCGAUCCACGGAGCGCCCUCUGGAGGUUGUAAAGUGUACGCGGCCGAUUCUAGGAGCGCCGUCUUCUCUGGAGGUUGUAAAGCAUUUGCGGCCGACCCGUAGAGCGCCGUCACUCGGUCGUGUGUUUCGUCUCGUCGCUCGAGACAAUCGGGGCGAACAAGAAGUUAUUUUUUCGUCGUAAUAUAGAAAUAUAGAGCUGAGGAAGUGUCCCGUGUAGGAACUGUUGCGCUGGCACCCGUCUGAGUGUCGAUGGUGGCUGGUGUUGAUGCUGGGGGGUGGGGUGGGGGGGUAGUCUGUGUGAAAGUAACGACAAUGCCUGCGACGAUGACGAUCGCCAUGACAACAGUGACGCACGUACAGUCGUCAGAUGGUUGUGACAGAUGACGAUGGCAGCAGUGAUGAAAGCUGUGUUGGUUGCCAUUCACAGUGAUGAUGGCAUUGACAGUUAUGAUGAUGAUACCAUUUACAUUGACAGCGUGUUUAACAGCGAUGAUGACAAUGACGCCGACAGUGAUGAUGACAAUGGGGUUAAUAGUGAUGAUGAUGAUGAUGAUGAUGAUGAUGGAAUUGAUAAUUAUGAGAAAUUAGAAUAUGAUGGGGCGUUUCAAUCCGAUUUGAACGUUAUACACAUGUUAUACCACAAUAACAUGUUUCUACAAUGUAAUAUAGUCUUGUGACAGUUUAAAUAGAAGUACACGAUUUGUAUUGACUACUUGCAUGUGGUUUUGUGCGUGUUUCAACAAAUAUUUCAACAGUUUAGUGACGAAAGGUGAUUUUUGAAACAAACAAUAAGUUUAAAAUGAGAGAAUUUACCAUUGGCACGCUUUAUCCUCGAUUAUGGCAUUUCAGCUGUCAAAAUUAAAAAAAAAAAAAUUCACUUA